AGUUUAAAACGAGUCACUGCGACGAACAACAUAACAUUUAGUCAAUUGAAUUAGUUGCUCACUCGCCGGAGUUAACGACAAACAAGAUCAUGUACAACCCGGGCUACCAAGUAGAUGUCAUCGAUCCCUACUAUCCACCGCCAGUCGAGGUCAUCGAGGUCGUGCCGCAACCAGCCUACGCGCAGCCAACCGUAGUCGUCACGCAGCCUCAAACGGUAUAUGUGGAGGACAACAAUGGACCCACAAGAGAGCAAAUGGAAUGCUGCCUGCUGCUAGGCGCCUGCUGUGUGGCGGAAGAGGCCGGCUGUGUUAUAUUAUAAC